CUCUCUCUUCUUUCGUCCUUUUGUUUCUCUGUCCUCUUUGUUUCUCUCUCUUCUCUGUCUCCUUUUUGUAUCUCUCUCUUCUCUGUUUUGGAGCAAACGAGUGAGCCUCUUUCUCAAACUUACCCAUCACCAGGCGUUUGAUUCUCUCCUGAAGGAUCUUAGAAGGAGAAACCAUGGUUUUUCUGAAAACCGUGGCAUUUGUCCCUGCCUUCUCUCUCUUCCUGUUUUCCAUUUUUUUCUGUUCUUCAAAUGCUUAUUCCUCUCCACCAUUCUACGAGACAUCCGGAGGGAAUCCUUUUCCAGAAGAGAAAAAUGGCGUGGUUUCAUGGAGGAGAGUUGCAGAGGAAAUCGCUCCUGCACCAGCUGUGCCCUUAGGGAAUGAGUCUUUUGUUUUAGCGGCCGAAAGGACUCGAAGGCAAGAUCCUUCGAACGAUUUUAAACACUACACUGGUGGAUGGAAUUUAAGUGAACAUCAUUAUUGGGUUUCUGUUGCUUUUACCGCUGCUCCCCUGUUUGUGAUAGCUGGAGUUUGGUUUGUGGUAUUUGGGGUGGUCCUCUUUCUCAGUUGUUGCUGCUAUUGUUGCUGCCCCCGGAGAGCUCCGAGCUACUCAAGAGUUGCCUAUGCAUUAUCUCUCAUUUUUCUCUUAUUUUUCACCUGUGCCGCCAUAGUUGGAUGCGCUGUUUUGUAUACUGGUCAGGGGAAGUUCCAUGAAAGCACAACAGAGACCUUAGAUUAUGUAGUGGGCCAGGCUAAUUUGACAGUUGACAAUCUUAAGAACUUCUCGCGGAGUUUAUCAGCUGCUAAGACCAUGGGGGUUAAUCGCAUCUUCCUUCCUACUGAUGAUCAGGCUAAGAUCGAAAAUCUUGUCACAAAGCUAAAUGCUUCGGCUAAUACUCUCCAAAAUAGGACUGAGGACAAUUCUCAGAAAAUUCAGAAUUGGCUUGAUACUGUGAGAUACUUUCUGAUUGUUGUGGCUGCAGUUAUGCUAUUUUUAGCAUUUAUUGGAUUUCUGUUAUCUAUUCUUGGGAUUCAAGUUAUUGUAUACAUAUUGGUUGUCAUUGGUUGGAUUCUGGUUGCUGGGACAUUCAUUUUAUGUGGCGUAUUUCUUCUUCUCAACAAUGUUGUUUCAGAUACUUGUGUUGCCAUGGAUGAAUGGGUAGAUCACCCUCAUGCAAGGACAGCACUGGAUGAUAUACUCCCAUGUGUGGAUGUGUCCACUGCUAAUGAAUCCUUGUAUCGAAGCAAGGAAGUCUCCUACCAAUUGGCUAAUGUUGUUAAUCAGGUCAUCACCAAUGUCUCCAAUGGAAAUUUCCCUCCCAUUGCUGCCCCUUUAUACUACAACCAAUCUGGACCCUUGGUACCUGUUCUAUGCAACCGGUUUAACUCCGACAUCAGCUAUCGAAAUUGUCAAGCUGGAGAAGUCACCUUCAAAAAUGCGUCACAGGUAUGGAGGGGUUAUGUAUGCGAGGUGUCGUCUUCAGGCCUUUGUACUUCAGUUGGUCGAUUAACACCUGAUAUGUACAAUCAAAUGGUUGCUGCAACUAAUGUGAGCUAUGGCCUUUAUCGCUAUGGCCCCUUCCUCACCCAAUUGGAGGACUGCACUUUCGUUAGGGAGACGUUCAAUACUAUCAGUGACAGAGAUUGUCCAGGCUUGAGGCGAUAUAGCAAGUUGAUUUACAUUGGCCUUGUUAUGGUCUCAUCAGCUGUGAUGCUUUCACUCAUCUUUUGGGUCAUCUAUUCUAGAGAGAGGCGACACCGCGUUUAUAAUAAGAGGCACCGUGGGGCAUCAGCUCAUGCACUAACGCAAGACAAGGGUCCAUAGAUGAUUCUUACGUGGUGGUUUCUCUUGCUUUUAGGUUUGAUUUCUUGGUUCUUGAUUCUUGCAUGGUGGUGCUCUUGCUUUUACGUAAGGUAUUGUUAAAAAUUGAUUUCUUGUUUGUAUGUUAGAACAUGUCUAAUGUUAGCCAUGUAAAAUGAACGUGUAGUAAAAUGAAUAUAAAAUGAAUGGCUGUGAUUUUUUUACAAAGUAAAAUGAAUGUCCGAAUGUCUAUGAUUUUUUACAAAGUAAAAUGAAUGUCCUUGAAGUAUCAGCCAGAAUGCCACAUCCCCGUUUCUUUUAAAUGUUGUACAGACCUAAUGUGCCCAAAAAGCUGAUUACAGAUCGACGUUUCUCAUGGGCGGCGGGGAUAUGUCCAUGCAUCCAAAUGUAUUCAUGGUGAACAGGUGAGGCUACAUGUUUCUUAUAAAUGGAUUUUCUUGUUUGCAGGUCACAUGUGGUGGGAUGUGUAUAUAAACAGUGGAUUCACCCUCAUAGGUGCAGAGAAGCAUUUUGAUGUUGUGGUCUUUCUGAUGCCAGUUUCGCUGUCUUUCGACUUUGUAUAUACUUCGGUGUAUAUAUGUCGGAGCCAGAGGAUAGAGAUGUACAUUGGUUGAAUUCUGAAUCUGGGUAAGGGCAUCAUCUGACAGCUUUGGUCGAGCAUAGAGAUGUUUGGAUGAAUUCUGAAUCUGGGUGACAUGGACGGCCAAGAUUUUGAAGAAGAACAUUUUUGGGUUCACCAUUCCACGCACUAUUUGCUUCAUGACACUAGAUGGGUUCCAUUUUUAGAGAUUUGAAGAAUAUAGGUUCUCCAUUUUACACAGCUUCGUUACAUUAGAUUAGUAUGUUUGAAUUUGUGAUGGUUGAGUAUAGAAUUUCGUGAUUAUCACAUCGAUCCACCAUGGUAGUAAUUUAUCCCCACCUUGCAAUCAAUUCCUUCGUGCUCUAAUGGUAGCUGCUGCAUUGCAUGGUGAGAUGUGCUCAGUCAAAGGCUAGUGAUUGUGCUGAUUGGAACGAGCUCGAGGGUGUACAGGUUCUUGCUUUGAAUAGGCGAUUUGAUUAAUAAUAUAUAGUAUUAUGAGAAUGAUUAUGUUUA